AUGAUGCCCUACAAUACCCCUCCAAAUAUCCAAGAACCUAUGAAUUUCGCAGGCAGCAACGCCUUCAGUAUUCUUCCAGAUACGAUGAGUUUCCAGAAUUUCAAAUAUGAUCGUCUCCAGCACCAACAACAACAACAACAACUACAGCAGCAACUGCAACAGAAUGCACCACCGUUACAGCAGCCUCAACAACAACAACAACAACAACCAAUAAGCCCGCCUUUGUUCUUGGCAGGUACCGGUACCAGCGCAAACUCAAACCUUAACAAGAAUGCCAAUGCUAGUACUGUACCCCCAUUACUCUUCAGCAGGUCAUCUCAGCAUUAUGUCGUCCCGGAUAUAGAUCACUCUUCCAUAAUAUACAAGAACAACAUCUGCAAAUCUUUUAAGGAUGACUUGUUUUUCUGUCCAAGAUCUUUGCUUUCUCUCGAAGAACAGCAAGCAUGCGAAAAAAUGGAUAGACUGACUGCUGAACAAAUGUCAUUGUAUCACCAGAACACGCGCCCCAGUUCUAAUCCUGGUUCCUUGUCUUCUUCACCGCCAAAUUCUGCGUCUUCUAUAUUCAACUCUAGGCCGAAGUUCAAUCCUUAUACAUCUCAAAGCUUCAAUCCUUUGGAAAGUGUUCAAGAAUGA